AUGGUGUCAUUUCCAAGACAAAAUUCCAACUUAUAUUACCAAGACCAAUAUUUUGAGCAAAAUAAGUACUUACAAUUCAAAGACAGCUCUACCGAAAAACGUUAUUCUUCAGACAUUAUCAAAUCUCGUGCAAAUUCACUGACUUAUAUUUGUGUAUGAUCAAUAGCAAUAGCCUUAUGCUUAUUCAUUUUAGGUGAUAUUACUCUAUAUGAGUUUUUCAGCUUUUUUUCUGCAUGUCUCCCAUGAUUAGCUGCAAGAAAUUCUUCUCCCCUCUUGCAAAGAAUUUUAUUAGAAAUACCAAACUUUAUGAUUUUAUCAAAAAUAAUUUCAAAUGGGAAUUUUUUCGAAAGUUUAGCAGGCUUUUUAUCUAGUUUUAUCAUUACUUUACUUUUAUAUCCCCACUGAACAAAAUUCCUAUUAUUUAGCACCAUGGAAAUCAUUGUGCUAUUUUUUACGAAUCAUCUUAAAAAUCCUGGAGUGAUUUUGACAGCCUUUACUUACACUUUAAUAUUUUCUCUGGGGGAAAAGGAUUUCCGGGCUUUAUGAAGAAUCUAUCAGACUAUGAAAAAAUCCAACGCUACUUAUUAUUCUUUUUUUCAGAAUUUGCAUUCAGCUGUUUUUAUAGUAAAUUCCUCAGGAAGCAUCAUUCAAUUCAAUAAAAAAGCUGCUAAAAUGAUGGCCAGAAUGUGCCCGAAUUCAAGAAAUUUUAUAGAUAUGUUUUUUCUAGAGUAUCGUGAAUUGAUUGAGUUAUUAAUAAAAAAUGCUAUUUUAAAAGGAUGCCCAGGAAAGGAAGAGCUUUUAUUCAAGCAAUUUGAAAAAGAUAUAGAAUUUAGUAAAGGUGAAAUUUUAGGAUGCUCAAUUUAUGCAGAAAGUAUAAAGUGAAAAGCAGAAAAUUGCGCACUGCUUAUGUGUGAUGAUAUCACUGAUAAUAUAAACAAUAAAGCAUUAAUGAUGAGAUAUAUAAGAGAUUCUAAGCCAGCUGUAGAAGCAUUUGGAAAAUCUCUUGCAAACGAUAUAGACAAUACUCAGCUUAGGAGUAAAGAAAACUUUCAAGAGUAUAUGAAUAUAAAAUAUUACUAUUAUACAUGCUCAAUAUAUCAAUCCGUGUUUUUCAACUCAAUUGUACUAACUCCCCCCCUCCGUGAGCGAACAAAACCAUUAGAAAAAUCCCUUUUUUUCCCCAAAAAACCGCCCUCCGUGGGUGAACAAAAAUUUUUUAUGGAAAUUUUUUUUUGAUAUAUAAGUGAUAAUUAUUAUAAUGAAAUCUCUGGCUAAUUCUGUUUAAUUUUAAACAAAUUGCGUUUUAAAACAUAAUUUUACAAAUUAAAUUAAUAUUUGCUCUCUAAUUUUUACAAAUUAAAUUUCGAAAAAAAAAUUUUCUAUAAAAUUUAUAUAUAAAAUUUUCUAAAAAAAAAAAACCUCCGUGAGCGAAUAAAAUUUUUUUGUUCGCUCACGGGGGGGAGUAAGCAAAGAUUCCUUUAGCAUCGACGAUGAUAUACAAAACACUAUUGAAAUUUUAUAUGGAAAAGCCCAAAGAAAAAGCAUUACAGUCACUUAUCAAAAAGACCAAGGAAUUCCAAAAUCAGUAAUAGGAGACCAAUCUAUUCAUUUUUAUAUCCUGCAAACAACUUUUGCCUUUGCUAUCGAAAAAGCCCUGCCCAAUAGUGAGAUCUAUUUAAGGGCAGAAAUUUCAGUAAUCAUUAUUUAGUCUGCUGUAGGAAAAGAACUUUAUGUAUCUUAUACACUAGUAAUCCGAACAAGGAAGCUUAAUAGCAACGAUGUAAAAAAGCUAUUUCAUGUGAAAAGAACUGAAAGACAAAGGAUUUCAAUGGAUGAAAUAGUCGAAAAUUGUGUGCAGUCUGGCUUUGGAAUUGCUUUAUUUGAUUCUAUUCUGGUAUUUCUUAAAGGUGAAAUUUCUGAAGCUGCAAUGGAAGAUUAUGGCUCUGACAAAUUUUCAUUAAUUUGGAAAAUCCCAUACUCUCUUUCAGAUAAGGCGGCAAAAUCUAAAAUAAUAAGAAUAACUGCGAAUCAAACUUAUGAGACUCCUUUGACUUCUAAAUGAAAGCCUCAGCCUGAAAAUAGGAUAGAUGAAUGCCAACAGUUAAGCAAUCAGAUUAUCAGGCUAAGAUCUCGAGGAAGAGAUAGCUUCUCAAUGAAAUUCGAAAUGCAGACAGUAGGAAAUAUUAGCAUUGAGUCUAUUCAUCACUGCUCAACCUUUUCCAGCUUUGAUGUGUCAGAUUUAGACGAAAAUCCAGAUAUUGCGCAUAAAAUAUGCAGUUAUCGCUCAAAAGAAGUGAUAAGAGUUGUCACUUUUGACCCAGCACAAUAUGAAACAAAUUUUAAAGAAGAAAAUCCGAAAAAAUGUGCGACUCAGUCUAUUGCUAAUAGAAAGAUAAGAGUUUUUAGCAAAAAUAAUGCUCCUGUAUUGCCAGAUUAUUCACUAACUAGUAUAUUUAAAAUAAACAGGUUCCUUGAAAAAGAGGCUGUCAAAUACAAGCUGGAUCCUCAAAGAAUGAAAAUUUUAGUAGUAGACGAUAUAGACAGUCAGCGUGAGAUCAUUGAAGAAAUGACUGAAAAGAUGUUCCACGCAAGCUAUGAUAGUGCAAAGGACGGAAGCAUGGCAAUAGAAAUGUUUAAAGCUUAUGAAGACCAAGGAUAUAUAUAUCAAUUGAUUUUUAUGGACGUUUAUAUGCCACUUACUGAUGGAUUUAAAGCAACGCAACAGAUAAGAGAUAUUGAAAAGCAAAAAGGCAUGCCAAGGACCUUUAUAUGCGGGAUGUCUGGAGAUGCGGGGCUACGGCAGAAAUGCCUCAACGUCGGAAUGGAUGAAUUCUGUAAGUUUUAUUUAGUGCAAAAGCCAUCAUGUCCUGCAGAUCUGAAAAGAAUUGUGGAAUUGAGUAGGAUUAAUAAAUUUUAA